AUGCCUCAAGAGAUUCUGCCAUGGGACGUGUUCCCACCGACACCCAAAUUAGACCUGACCAAAGCAAAGCAACAAGGACUGGCCAAGACGGCGAGAGGCAUCAGACUGUGGUGGGCGGUCUUUGGCGUCCCGCUGGAAAGAACCCUGCGGGCACGACGUGUCCCUAUCUUGCUGAUGCACGGCGGCGUGAGCAGCUCAGACUGGAAUGCGCUCCAGGUCGAGUUCCUGUCCCCGAGUCACACGGUGAUUGUACUCGAUCUCCCCGGGCAUGGCCGAUCACCCUUCGACGACCGAGAGCUGUCGUAUGAAAAGCUCGCCGCCGACGUCGCGGGUGUCCUGGACGUCUUGGAAGUGCCCAAAGUGGCCAUCAUCUCCUGGUCGGAGGGCACGAUGGUCGCGUGGUCGAUGCUUGCGUACGGCCAGCAUCACCGGGUCGACCGCGCAUUCUGCUACUCGGCCCUCGACGACUAUCGGAAAGCUGAUGCCGAGAAAGUGAUGCAAAUUCCCAUGGUGGGUGAGUUCUUUGCACGAGUGCAGCGCGAGUGGGAAGAAUCACACCCGGGAGAGAAAUGGGACGACUUCCUGGGGGCGUGGAUGAAGAUGUGGACCAGAGAGCCCAUCUGGACGGAGGAGACAUUCAAACACCUCCCCAUUCGGGGGGAUACCAGAGAAGCGCCCAUUGUCUGGAUUGUGACAGGCGAUCACGACGAAUGGAUCCCACCGGCGACGCACGAUCGCAUGGCGAAGUUCAUCCCUAACUCGAGCUAUCUCAAGAUGCCGAGUGCCGGCCACUUGACCUUCAUCCAAGAUCCCAAGAUGUAUCAUAGGAUGAUUGAGUGUUUUCUAGAGGACCGCAAUGUUGUGGCACCCGUGAAGGCGUCCUUGUAA